CCCGUGGCAUUAGACGUCCUACAUAAUUGGUACUCUGUUCUGAACAAGUCAAAGACUGGGAAAGUGCCGUAUAUACAUUUCUGAGACAACACACAGCAGUGGCUUUUCACAGAUCACUUCUGUUUAUCCUAAUAUGGUGUGAUUUGGAGUUGUCUAACCACAAUCAACCAAUUACUACAAACUAUGAGGUAGUGGAAGCUGGAGGUGACUGCUAUGAGAUCCACCUUGUUCUCAAAUACAAGUCAUAUCACAUAUAAGCUUCAUCCUCGCUAUAUCCAGUGUUUUCAGUAUACAGCAGUACUGUAAAAUGCACACCGGGUACUGGGCACCUAAGCUGGUACCCAGAAAUAACAAAUUAAUAGCCAGCAGUGUCUCAUGUUGAGAAUUAGCGGUGCUGGUACCGAGCACCCAGCAACCAGCAGUGUCUCACUUUGAAAACAUGCAGUCCAGAGUCAGGAUUGAUCAAUUGGUUAUAGGGGAACUGCCAAAAAUACACUGUCAUUUGAGAGAGACAUGUGACGAUACGAAUGAGGAAUAUUGGCACGAUGUCUUAAAACAUCGUGUGCUGCGAGGGGUUUCUCUUCGUUCGAACCACUCACAUGGCGUCGCAUGUAGUCGUAUCGUUUGGAGAGAAAACCACAUAGAUCAUGUUGAGCAUAACUGCAGGCCGAUCUUCUACAGAAGAAAGGAACCAACAUCACACGUUUUCUGUGGGGACGACUUCCCAUACUGGCAGCUACAUAAGCAUUGUUCUCAACUAAAGGCCCACGUUGUUGUUCGUGUGAAGAAAAUGAUAGUUGUAGACAUCGCCUUAGUGGUUUGCAGAAAAACUAUGAGGGUUAUGCAUGAGCCAGCAACUCCUUCAACGAGGUCCCAUGUUCAGAUGAAGCACAGACGGGAAAGAUGGAACCUCUUGGAUCAACUCAUCAAGGGGUACUAAAGGAGAGGGUUGAGCUUUGAUCCAGGGAAAGGCGAACGGGAGCCAGCCACCUAAAAGUUUGUCAGAAGUUAUGGAAUCAUGAAUCGUAGAUAUGGCUAACAAUUAUGCAUAUGGUGCCUAAGACUAGCGCAGAAGACUGGCAGUCGCCCGCCCACAUCUGCUGUCAAAGAAGGGCUUAAAUACUAAGGCGCCUUUAUAACCAUGAUUUAGCUCUCCAAUUCGCUGGUUAGCCAAUGCAUGUUGCUCAUGUCUGACUUUCAAAUGAACAAAUUGACUCAUUUUGAAUCAUCUUGUGAAGGCUCAUCAACACGAGUAGUACUUUGACCCCCCCCUUGUGGACAAGAGAGUGCACGUGGCAGCGACCAUCAGAGCAUUAGGUAAGUCAAAUCACAACUCCGUAGCAAACUCCGUAGCAAACUCCCACUCUGCUGACGAA